ACAUGUCGAGUUACUUCUCGUUCUCGCGCUUGCCCUUAUUUUAAUUUAAGUCGUGUUGUGUUCACUAGGUCGUGGCGUAAAUACUAAUUCGGGUACAGUCAGUGUUAUUGGUGUUUGUGUUGUGAACAUGUGAUAUUUAUUCAUAACAAAUAUGGAGACCAAUGCAAAUCAGAAGGUGACCUGCGUAGCGAACUACGCAUACGACGCGUCCGAGCCGGACGAGCUGACCAUCCGGCCCGGCGAGGUGCUGCGCGAAGUGGAACGGCUGCCGGGCGGCUGGUGGCGCGGCGAGCUGCGCGGCCGCAGAGGCAUGUUCCCGGACAACUUCGUGUCCGUCAGCACGGACCAGACCAGCGCCAGAAGCAGCACCGGCGUGUCGGGUCGUUGUCGGGCGGUGUUCAGCUACCAGCCAGCGAACCCCGACGAGCUGCCGCUCUGCGUCGGCGACGUGCUAGAUGUGCUCGGGGAGGUGGAAGAAGGCUGGUGGCAAGGGCGCCGACAAGGCCGUGUGGGCGUGUUCCCGUCCAACUUCGUCGUGAUGCUGGACUCACAGCCGCCCCCGUACGAGACCACCACCUUCGAGCCCGCGCCUGCGCUCCCGCCCAAACCUGUUAAGGAGCUAUGUCGCGUCCUUUUCCCGUACACCGCGGUGAACGAGGACGAACUGACGCUGGCCGAGGGGGAAAUUGUGACGAUAGUGUCCAAGGAGGCGCCCGACCGCGGCUGGUGGCGCGGCGAGCUGCACGGCCGCGUCGGUCUCUUCCCUGAUAAUUUCGUGCAACUGCUGCCCCCUGUUACACAUGACACUAUGGAAGAAAAGAAACCGGACCGGCCGCCCAGCAAGACUUCGAUAUACCCCGUAAUAAACAAGUACUCCGAAAAAAGCGCCUCUGUCAAAGAACUGACCACCUCUAAAAUAAGCACGCACAAAGAAAACACAAUAAGCAAGGAGAACAACACUACAAGUACAGUAACGCACACAAAUAAAAGCGAGUCCGAAAAGCACAUACAUAGCGAGACGAUCACGGACGGGACGCCAGAUUCACAAGGAAAGAAACCGCCAGUGCCAUUGAAGAAAAGUCCAACGCCGACGUCCGGCGUUACCGGGCUCUUCAGCGGAUUGAAAAACAAGAUGCUUUCCACGGACAAAGAUAAAGAGAAGUCGUCGACGACGGUAUCCUCGGGCAGCAGCAGCGGCGGCGAGUGGGACCGGCCCGACGGCGGCGGCGCCAGCAAGCCUGCCGCCAACACUACCAACAACAACAACAACAACAACAACACCUUCGACCACGUCGAGCGACACUCCAUCCUCAACGACCCGCGCGCCGGCCGAGUAAAAGCGCCGCGACGCCGGCCCCCUAGUCAAGCGUUGCGGGAUGAUACUCCACAACAAAUUGGAUUAAGUAAUGGACACGAAGUUCCAGGCGACAAGCCGGCCGCUGGCGAGAAGCCGGAGGAGAUCAAGCCGCGGGCGCGCGAGUGGGAGAAGCACCGCGCGCCGUGGAUGGAGGAGCUCAAGCUCAACCAGGCCAAGAAGACCAGCUUCGACGGCAAGCCCGCCAAGGGCACCGGCAGUACCGACAGAAUUUUGGAGGUCGGUCUAGAAGAAAAGAGAUCGUCACACUCGAUGGAAAUGUCAAAGAGCACGUCAUCUAUUAGCAGCAGAAUGUCCGUUCUCGAAAGUUUUGAAGAGACGAAAGUGCGUCACUCGGCGGACAACAAGCCGGCAGCGUCGAAGGAUCCCGAGCCCGCCGCCAGGCCGGUCCAUUCUCCUACUGCUGCGGGGCGCACGUUGCUGGCCAUGCUGGACGACAUCAAGAAGCCCGCCCCGCCCGCCCCGCACGCCCCGCACACCCCGCCCGCCCCGCACACCCCGCCCGCCGCCAGUGUCCGUAGCAGCCACGACGACAGCAAGAACGCUAAAAUAGAUAUUCAGAAAACCACCCUCACAUCGGAGAAGAACGACAUGAGCAGCUCCAAAUCGGGCGUGUUCGAGAAAAGCACCGUCGAGCGGCUGGAGAAGACGGAGGAGAUGAUGGAGAAAAGUGAGAAGACGGCCACGCUGGAGAGGCGGCAGAGGGAGCGGAGCGACUCGGUCGAGGCGCUUGUAGCGCAACUUAAUAAUAGGAUAUCAAAUCUGGAGAAGCUACUAGAAGUACAAAACGCAAAGUUCAACGCAGCCAUCGAAGAGCUGACGAGCAAGCUCGCCGCCGAGACGGAGAAGCGCGUCGCCCUGCAGGGCGAGCUGCACAAGCUCGCGCACUGCGUCACGCAGGUGUAGCCUUUACUGCCUCCUCUACACUAUCGGCGAUGAUCGUUGAUAGUAUCAUCGUCUAUCAUCGGCAAGAUCAUCGUGCAAUCAACCACACGAUCGCCUAUACAGCGCAAACACCCGGCGAUUCUCUUUGAUGCGUGCCCAAAAAACCGACAACUCACGGGUCGCAGGCGAUCAUUGGCGAUGAUAGAUAAUGACUGGCGGGGACUGCCGAGUAUGCUCUCUACACUAUCGUGCCCGCCAGUCCUCGUCUGUCAUCGCCGAUAGUGUAGAGGGGCCAUACUACAGCCAUCGAUGCCAACUGCCCGGGCGAGUGAGUGCUCUAAUCAGACUUUUUUUUAGUACGAUUCACAUAUAAACAUGUAAAAUUAUGUCAGUUCAAUGGCGCAUCCUAUGUUUUUCAGUACUAAUUUGAUCAAUUAUACGUGACGUGUCGAAUGUUGAUCCCUAUGACAGUUCCUCUAAGUCGCUUUUGGAUAGGCUAUAAUUUAAAAAAUAAUAUAAGAAAUAUGCUCUAUCGUGUUUUUAUUACUUCAAUGUUACAUUUCUAAAUAAAUUAAUGUGCUAUGUUUCCAAAAAAUGGCUAAAAACAUUUUAAGUCAUAGCUGUUCCAUAUAAAAAUGAACUGUCAUAGGGAUUAUCAUUGGACGAGUGAAGUAUAGUAUGAAAAGACAGAAUAGGAUGCACCUGGAACGUGGAGGGCACAUAUAACGCGCCGAAUCUGAAUGUGAUAAAAAACUUAGUCCUCGACAAGUUCGGUUCUCCAUACAAACGCAGUUACGCUCUCAUUUUAAAAAUUCUAGCUAGAUUGCUCUGAAACUUUGUACAUACAAUAGGAUAAGGUAUAUCUAGGUCUGUAAUUAGUUUAUGUAGGUUCAGAUACAAUAAUAAAAAAAUACAGCAAAUUUAAGAUUUUCAUACAAAACUUGUUUUGUUCUAUUUCAUUUGUUUUAUAUACUAGAUUUAUAUAAACUAAUUACAGACCUAGAUAUACGUCAUGUCAUUGUAUGUGCAAAGUUUCAUUACAAUCCAACACGUAGUUUUAAAAUGAGAACGAAACUCCGUUUGUAUGGGAAGGUGAAAUUCGGCCGAGCUUGCGGGGACUUAACAAUUUUAGCAACGUUCAAUUGUUAACACGAGUUUUAAGUAUGUCCCGCUCAGACUCCGUACGUUGUAUGAAACUGUGCGUAAAUAAUAAGCGUUCUAGAGAUUGUUCAGCAACAGCAUACAUCUUCUGUAGUUAGUGAAACCAUUCGAUCCUAGUAAUGGUCUAAGUAGUUAGUCUAUUUGUACUCUUUGGCGUGUUUCCUCUCCAAACAAAUUUAAUAAUAACUUAAUAAACGUCAAUUGAUAUAUGCGGAGAUUGCGGAGACUAAAAUAUGUAACUUUUUGAACGGUUUUCUUCUCCACGUAUUAAUUGAUUACUUUGUGUAUCGAAAUUGAACCAUAUGAAUACGAAUUAAGGUUCAGUAAAAACCUACACUAAGUACAAACAAUUUGGAAUUGAUUUACAUAUAUUAUAUUGCUCUUGUUUAUAUUUUUCUUCUGUGGGAGUUUUUUAUGAGUUGACUGUUGUUUAUAAAAAAACGGAAACACGCCAAGUAAUAUUGAGUAGACUAUAGUGGCGUUUAUUUAACGUCGCCUCUACUCUUCAUGGUUAUUUCUUAUGAUAUUUCUAAUAAUGUAAUGGAAAGCUUUACUCGAUUUUAGUGACGCGAUUGGAUGUAUGCAUUGUAACUCUUACAUAAUGAAAUUUUAUAAUGUGAUGCAUAUUUACAUUUAUUAUUAUAGCGAAAGUGAUUUUUUGUGAAUGUACUUAGGUGUGCCAUGGCUGAAUGUAAGUCCAAAUUGGAAACACCGACAUUUCUUUUAUAUAUAACAAAUCGUACCUUGUGUGUUCACAAGAAAGUCUGUUCAUGUGUCUUUUGGUAUAUUUUUUAUUAAAUGAAAAUAAUCCUUAGCAUGUAAAAAGUGCUGCUUUAAAAUAAGCAGUUAAUAAAAAAAUAUCAUAUCAUGCAGGAACAGAUUUUAUGUUAUACAUAAGUACCCAUUUUGUCUUUUUGAAACUGAUAACAUUUGUACGAUUUGAUCAACAAUUACUGCCUAAACAAAUAUAAAUAAUAAAUAAUAAGUAAUAAAUGUCGUAGAUUAAGUAUAACGCGUUAUGUAUCAUUACAAAAUUAGUGCCAUUUUUUGGAUCACGCACAGUCCCGCGGGGCGAGAGAUGUAUAUUUACGUAAUUUUGUGAUGUUUGCAACCCUCGUUAUGUGAUUCGCACAUUCCAGUAAAACAUUGAAAUUAUGUUAUAUGCGGUAAAACAAUAGCAAAUAUUGAACCAAAGUUUCAUUUGAACUAGUAUGUGGUGUAAUAAAUUACAUUAUGUAUGAAGAGCCAUAUAGUUAAUAUAUUUUUCUAUAUGUACAGAAAUGAUUUAAAUGUUAACUUUUUGUAUCGUAUUAUGUACCUUUUGUAAACAUAUCUAAAUCAUUUAUUUGACAUAAUAUUAUUGUAAGAAAAUUAUUAUUCAUUAUAGUAUAGAUAAUUGUGGCAUUUGAUUGAAAGGUUGACUAUGAAUACUAAUAUGCCAUUAUAUACAGGAUGAAGAAUUCAAAUGAAUCAGUAUGGGCAACUUUAAAACUGUAACGGAUUGCUAUUGAACGAAAUGAAGGUAAAUAAAAUUGGAGAUGAUGCCUGCGUUUGGGUAAUCAAGUCAACACUUCCCUAUACUGAGUCGUUUAGAAUUCAUACCCUAAGUUUUUAUAAAUGAUUAUGGGCGAUAUACCCCAAUUGCUAAUAAAUGGAGCUGGCUAAUUACUAGCUUGAAAAGUCUUAUUAAGCAAAUUGGUGAGAUAAUACCCAAUACAUGCUUAUAGUAAACUAUUGUAAUUAUGUUGUGACUGCUUGUCUGGUUGUGUUGUACCAUCCAAUGUGUUUUAUAAAUAUAUAAAUAAUUUGAUCAUAAUAAAUUAUUUUAGUAUAUAUGUAUAGAAUGCGAUGCUGUAACGUUGAGUGAUGACGAGCGAAGCAGUAGUAUUAUAGUGGUAGCAUUAGGUUACGAUGUGAUAGACGUUGCCUAACUUACCGUAUACAUUCUAAAUUUAUUUAAAUUGCUUUAAUUAUGCACAAAAUAAAGGUCACACAUAAUAUUAAUAAAAGCUUGAAUCAUGAACCGGUUAACCCCGGGUUAGUGGGAUGGUGCAAGUGGCCCUUAUAGAGGUAUAAUUUAAUCUAAAAUAACAUAAUAUUUCAUAAUAUUGUCUACGGUUACACCCGUUGACCACGAACGCUGUAAAGGGUUCGAAACGUCGGGAUGUAUUAUAAAUUCAAUACACGCGAUAUAAUCCGUUUUCAUAGUUUUAUUUCAUGAGUAACUAUCGCGGUAACUGAAGACAAUAUUAAAAGCUUGAAUCGUCAAAGAAAAUUAAUUCCACUGAAUUAGGGCUUUGCAUUUAUGGUCUAAUCUAAAAAUGUUGGUUUUUAACGUCAUUAGAUCGGAUAUCUUUUUUUGUGAUCCUAUUCCUAUUGGUUAUAUUUUAUGUUAUUUUCAAAUGGUCUGAAACAAUGAGAAACAUAUAGCUUUUUCUAACGCUAUAAAACCUUCAGUGCUUUUACACGUAAGCUGUAGCUAUCGACACUUAUUUUAAUUAAAACGAAUACAGUACCUGUCUGAACCUCUAUAAUUAGGUCUGAGAGGCGAGUAUGCCCAUACUGAACAUCUUUUACAAUGCUGCCAACCCCAAAAUAGCUGCUUCACACAUCUCUGCUAAUCAUAUGUCGAUGUUUUUUUUUCAAUACAGCUUUUUUUUGCAAAUUCGGGGUUGACGCGGAAGUAAAAGUUGUUCGGUAUGAGCAACGUAUGUGUAUAAGUAUGGCUAGACAAAAACAACCUGCAUAUUAUGUGCAUGUUUCCAGCGUGUUCACAGAACGUUAAAACAGGUGCAUUCUACACAGUAAAUUAUCGCAUAAUAUGAUUACGUUUGAAGGCCUUAGGAUCUGUGAUUACAAUAUAAAUGCAAUAUUUUACGUUUUUACAAUAUAUAAAAUUAAAAGUCGUGGCCAGCCAGAUUUAAUUUAUUUAGUCCCUUUUAUGAUUUUGACAACAGUUUAACUUUAAAUAUUAAGGCCUCGCAAAUAACAAAGGGAGAAAUCAAAUAUAGACAACAUAAUUAGAUUGUCAAGCCAAUACCUGCAUUUAGUUUUUGAUGUACAUAAUUAUACUUUACAAGCAUAUUAGGUAUUUUAUAAUGUACAUACAUGAGUGAAGUAAAAACUGAAUUGUAAAAUGGUUUAUAUGAUAAACCGUAUUUAACAUUGUAUAAUAUAGCGAAAUUUUUUGAAGUAAUUUUUUAGUACUUAAUUUAUUUUUACGUACCUACGCUGUACCCACUUAAUGCAUUCCUAAGGUUUAACGGUUCAGAAUAUUCAUUAUAAUGAAUAAAAUAAAUAUUUGAAUAACUA